AAGCAGAUGUACUGCCUUUGAACGAUGGAAUUCGUCAGACACGAACACAGAGCAUAUUCAGUCUAUGUGGAAGACGCCAAAAUUUGACCCAGACCAGAUACGAUUGGUGAUAUAUGUAGAUAAUGAAAGGGAUAGAACCUUACUCUUUGAUUCCAAGGCUGUCAAAAGGAAUUUUGAGCCACAGCCAAAAUGCUAUCAUGGUCUCAGAAAAUUUGUUACACCGAAAACAAAAUUAUGUGGACCGAGCGAACAGAUAUGUGGAGGAAGGCAGUCAAAGUUCCUGUUCACAAAACCAGGAUCAGAUGUACAGAGUCUGGAGGAGAUUAUGUUUGGAAGCGUUGGAAUGGCAUAUACAGGGUCAUCGCUGAAAGUUCAUUUGACGAAGUCUCCUCCUCAAAUGAUGCUGACGAAGGUAUUUGUACCUGAAGCACCAAAAAGAGAGUCAUUAGGAAGUGAAGUGGAUUCAGAAUCUCUCAGUCUACAAAGUCAUUCAGAUCCCACUGAACCAAAAUCUAUAUCCUGUACUGAUAGAAAUGGAGGUUACUUGGCUGAAAGUGUUCCUAUGGAUGUACCCUUAUCCUCUCACUCAAAACGAGCCAACUUUGAUAACAUUGAUGAAGACAGUGGUUUGGCAUCAUUAACCUCAAGUGGCAGUUUCCAUACUCCAUUCCCAUCACCUGGAAGUAAUACUAGUAGUUAUAACAGUUAUAACAGUCUACAUCGCAGAUGGAUGAGGGUGCAGUAUACAUCUUUAGAGAGUGGACUUAAGAAACGAAACUCGCAAGACAAUUUGGUGGCACAUGAGCAGAGUUUUUCAUCGUGUACAACCUCUUCAGCAUCCUCAUCAAACAAGAAACAGUCCAAAAUUGCCUUGGGCAUCUUAUUUGGAUUGGAAGAAGAUAAGGAUUGUCAGGGAGUCAAUAGGUGUUUUGAGAAUUUCUUUUUCUCUCACAUAACACUGUUUGAGGGCCACCUGGACAAGCUUAAGGCAGGGGUGAGCCAUGCCUACCACAAUCGCAAGAAAUUUGUCCACAUUGUCAUGGAGGCAUUGGAGAACUUUCGGAGAGAUGUUCAGGACUUAUAUACGACACCACGUUUGUCUGAACCAGUGUGGUUGAACAUGAUGUCUCAUAGUAGCUACAGAUAUGUCAUGUGUGAAAAGUUUAUGAAACAGUUUAUGUUUCUUGUGUCUAAAUAUGACAACAAGAGCACAAAUUUUUUUAUGAGCACCCUGGUAACAGCAGUUCUCACUCAUCACCUGGCAUGGGUGCCUACAGUUACACCAGCAGGCGGUACCUCAAUCAGAACCUAUCUUCACAACCACACUCCAAACUGGGUGGACACCUUUGCUAAAACACACCCUUACAAUCCUCUGUGGGCUCAACUUGGUGACCUGUAUGGAGCUAUUGGCUUCCCUCUGAAGUUGGCAAGAACAGUGGUGGUGGGGAAAAAAGCUGAUCUAGUGAAAAAAAUAUUGUACAUUCUCACUUACUUCAUCCGAUGUAGUGAUGUUCAUGAAAAUGAUGAGCUAGGAUCUUUAAAAUCAUGCCUCGAUGAUCUCACUUUUGAGAUGGAAAGUGAAAGACAGGACAUAACUCCCAUCAUAGAAAAACAACCUGAUGCCUUUUUACCUGUUAGAGAAGAAAAUUCUGCAAGUAUGAGGAGGCAUGGAGAGACAAACUUAAGUAAAGAAAGAAUAGAAACAAGUUGGAACUCCAGUAAAAUAAGUGAUGAAAGUCAAGGUAUAACACAUACGGAAAGAUCUCAUAGAAAAACAUCAGAGUGUUCUGGUGAUGGAGCAGUGAAACCCAGUAAAUUUGAUGAAAAGGAUGCAUGUGAUGACGGUAAAAUAAGACUAUUGUGUUCCCCUAAAGAAUGUGUUCGUCAGAUUAGUGUGGAAAAAGAGUUGAGAAGGAUCAGUAAGGAGUAUGAAGAUAUUAUUCCAAAGACAAUAAAAAGUGUUAAAGAUAAUGAUUUACACUUACAUUUGCCAGAUGACAAUUCUCUGACUGACGAGGGCUAUCACUCAAUUCAUCCACCAGAUCAAGGAUACUCGUCACUUCAGAGGCCAUGUAGUCUGUCCGUGUCUCAGAUACUGGAGGCUGUACCAAUAGAAAAUGUUAAGAAUGUUUCCAGAUCUGCUGAGAUUCUCAGUAGCGGUUUGAUUGAAAUCCCUACACCUAACCCAGUGAAACCACAAGCAUUUUCUCCGUCCAGUUCUUGUAGUGUGUCCAGGUUGACACAAAAACUCUUAGAAGAACAGGAAUCUUGUUCCAAAAAGGAAGUGACAGAGAUACCCACAACCAAAGAGUCCGACAUUAGGGCCAGAUAUCUUAAAGAAGGAAGCAAUAGCAUGUUUGAUGAAUAUUUUACUGAUCCCAAUAUAGAAACUAAAACUAUAGAUAAUUUAGAUGCCAAAGAUAGGAUUGUUAGUUAUCCGCUGGUCAAGUCUGAAUCCAUCAGGAGCUCUACUGAUAGUAUUAAUAGAGAACUGGCAGGUUGUGCUAAUAGUCCUACUGCUGAGUUACAAGGCACGCAUGAGAAUCGCCUUGGGUCAUUUGGUGGUGGGAUACGUCCUCGUUUAUCAUCCUUUUCUCGUCAGUACAGUACAGAUAGAAGUCAUAUCUCUGGCCGUCCCACAUCUAUUGCACCUGGAAGAUGCAGAUCUGUUACUCCCACUGAGCUCAGUAGACGGCGUCACCUGUCCUCCACAAGUAGUUAUGAUGUAGAUUUAUCUGAUCCUACAUCAGGAUGUAAAGAGCUGGACAUGCCCAAUUUCAGUGGUGAGCUCAGCAGCAGUAGUAUCAAAGUAUUUGAUCGUAACUUUGGACGGUCACUGAUGGCAGGAUACUCCGACCAUUACCUGUCUGACUUUGUUUUACAUGGUACUUCAGAAAACAGCUUUCAUGAAAAACUACGUAGUGAUUUGGAGGUUGCUGUCCAGCAUUCUGUGUUGGAUGAGCCCAUAGGUGAAGCGGUGUGUGUUAUAGCUGACACAGAUCAGUGGUGUGUCAAUGUGGCCAGUAGUAGGGACAUUGAUAAGCCAUUUGAACCUCUAACUAAGCCAGUAAUAGCUUCCCAACUUGUGUGUAACCUCAUGGAAGGAGUCCAUCAACUUUGUAAACUAAAGAUGAGCUCAGAGUUUUGUCUCAUGCAUUUAGAAGAUAGACUUCAGGAAAUUUUCUUCAAAAGCAAAAUGUUGGCAGAAUAUCUGAAGGAUGUAAAAAAGUGUAACAUUAAGGAGCUGACACAGCUGUUAGGGUUUGAGCCAGGCGAUCUUCCUUUAUUAGUGGCCAUAGCAGGAACUCACUCUCCUCAUCUCUCCUUGGGAGUUAUCUAGGUCACAGGGGUCAAAAGGCUACAUCUCGACAAUGUCACAUUUUGAAAAUUCAAGAUGAGGAUGUUUAAACUGAUUUUUAAAAAGUUAUAAAAAAGGAAAGCACUAUACGAGUCCAGGAUCCAUUAGCUAACUGUGAGAAGGACAUGCACUGCAAAUCAUAGGUCUUUCAAAGGAUACACAAAUAUUACUGUUGUGAAUUUAAUUUAGACUGUGGAUGUACUUACUUGGCGCUAUCAAAUUUUAGCAUGUUAUAACCUUUUGGCAAAUUAGCACAAUGAUGAAAUUGUGCAUCCACCAUGAUUGCUAUACAGAUUACAUUCAGAAAAUGUGAUCAACAACAAGAUAUUUUAGUGCAGUACGUUCAAAGUGAAAAGCGCUAAAUUAAGAAUACAUGUACAGUAAUGAAGAGUGACAUUAUUUAAUUGCAGUUCAUGAAAAAGUUUUUUCCCAGUGAUAAUGUUUUUGUUGUACAUCAGGUAAGCUCAUUGUUGCUUUUCCAUGUGUCACCAAAUCCUACAAAGCAUCAAAACUUCAUACUUUACUUACCCAUUGUAUUAAGAUAUUCAGAAUAUUUGUUACUAAACAGAUAAACAAUAACUUUUGGCAUUGGAAUGAUGAUUUGGAAAGUUUUAAUAAUCCUAAAUUUUUAGUAUUGUCACUGUUUUUGCCAUAUAUAUCAUUGCAUUGACCUAGAUAAAAAUAAAAUUGCAUACAAUGCCUUCCUGAUAAACUACAUAAGUUAUUAUUGUGUAAGUAUGUACUGUAUUGUUCAUCUUCACUGUUUACAGUAUUACAAAUUCACAGGACACAUGUGUAAUGAUCUCCGAUUAAUUUACAUUAUUGGAUGUCAUUGGAUUGUGAUAUCUUUUAGUAGUUGUUUUGAGACAGAUAUGGAUU